GGUACUGGUAGUCGCGUAGUAACGCUAGUUUUGGUUAGGAGAUAAUUGAAAAUUAGAUUUAUUUGAUAUCUUUAUAUAAUUUCUCUUAAUAACGUAACACGUGUAUAGCAGUGAUACAGUUUAAUAAAUGUUGAAAACGACAGUAUUAAUAGGAAAAAACAUAAAAUGUAUGCAAGUAUCCCAUGUUAAAUAUCCAAAAGCUAUUAUUUCUCUACAAAAUAUGAGUACUAUAAUACAAGAUAAUCCAAUAGAACUUUCAAUAAGGAAGAAAUUAAUUGAUUUUUUAAAUCCAUCUCAUAUUGAAAUAAUAAAUGAAUCUUAUAUGCAUAAUGUUCCUAAAGGAUCUGAAACACAUUUUAAAGUAAUUGUUGUGACUGAUGUGUUUAAAGAUAAACCACUCCUUAAGCGUCAUCAAAUAAUAAAUCAAUUAUUGGAAGCAGAAUUAGAAGGUGGAGUGCAUGCAUUAUCAAUAGUAGCAAAAACAGCUGAUCAAUGGAAAGACAACAGUAAAAUAACUCCAAGUCCAGCUUGUAAGGGUGGUUUUGGAAGAUGAUUGAUUAAAUUAUAUUAUGUUCAUGCUCAAAUCACGUAUAGUACCCCAAAUUAGGUGUAUUCUUCAAUUGUAAAUUCAUGAAUUCAAAUUAAUGUGUAUUGUUAAAAAUAUUUAAUAAAAAUAGA